GUUGUGGAUGCGCAGUGCGUCCUGGGGCGAGGCAUAUGUGGCUCCUCCUCUCAUCUCUCAUUGGUCCGUGCGCGCGUGCGGCGCGUGCGGAGUGCGCGUUGGGGGCGGGGCCAGCGCGAGCGGGAAAACGCGAACCGGGAAAUCCCGGAACCGGAACCGGGGAACGGGAACGGGAACCGGGAACAACCGGAACCGGAACCGGAACCGGGAAACGGGAACCGGGAAAACCGGAACCGGGCCCGGGCCCGGGGAGCCCCCGGCAGCCCCGGGAUGAGGCGGCGGCGCGGGGGCGGCGCGGCCCCGGCCGAGGCCUGCGGGGUGUGGCUGGACACGGCGGAGCUGAAGCGGGGCCAGGCGCGGCCCCUCACGCUCAGAGCAGCCAGCCGAGCUGCAGGGAGGAAGCAGAGCCCGGUGCUGCUCCCACAGCCUGGCAGCUCCAUCCCCAGGCAGAGCUCCAUCCUCAGCUUCUUCAGCCCCCGGCCAGAUGGAGGAGACAAAGAGAACAAAGAGAACCGCAGGCCCGGCCCCUGGGAGGACUCGGGGGCUGCUCUGCCUGCCUGGCCCGUGAAGAUCCUGCCCUUGCCACAGCUGCAGGAGCCCCCUGGGGCUGAGCAGGGGCUGCAGGGCGCAGCCCAGGCAGGGCAAACACCUCAGGAGCCCCUGGAGCUCAGCGUGGAGCCUCAGAGGCAGAGCAAAGCCUCCCCUGGGGCUGGGGGGGCCUCCUGGUGCUGGGGCAGGGACAAACCCUGGCUGUCUCCUGGGGGAACGGGCUCGGGGGGCAGGGGAGCACAGCCCUGCAGCAGAGCUGGGGCUGGGGACACAAACCCUGGGCCAGGGGCUGCUCCCAGGGGGGUUUGCUGCCCUCCCCAGAGCCCGAGGCCAGCCCAGCCCCUGCGGGAGUGGGGCCAGGUCCCAGAGGGGCCCUGCAGGCAGCUCCAGGGCUGCCAGGGGAGCAGGGCCACUGCCCACGGGGACAGGGCCAGUCCCAGCCCCCCCAGAGCCACCCCCAGCCCCCACAGAGCCACCCCCAGCCCCCCCAGGGCCAGGGCCAGGCAGCCCCCCGAGCUGGGCUCUGAGCCCCUGUUCACACAGGACUCGGAAGGGAACAGGGUCAUUAAGCACUGGUGAGUGACCCAGCCUGGCUCUGGCAGCACUGGGCUGCUCACAGAGCUCACAGAGGGGGGGGGAACCCCUUGGUGCAGCCCCCAGCCCCUCUCUGUUCCCUGAGAUGCUGCUUUAGUCCAAAUAAAAGGUUGGAGUUUGUUUCUGA